UCUGUCCAAUGAAACGUCAAAAAGAGAGAAACAAGAAAGAGAGAAUCUGCAACGGUGCACAGCUCCAUAUGGCUUCAAUAUAAGGAAACUGUCUUCGUUUCCUUCCGUCUCGUCGCCACCUCCACCUCUGCCACUUUCCUUUCUUUUCUCUCUGAAUUCGCUUUCUAUCGGUAGGGUUUUGGAGCCGAUUGGAAUUCUGCGCUUCCAGAGGAGAAGAGAUGGGGACUGCACGGAGGCAGUUGAAAGCUAUGCUUCGGAAGAACUGGCUUCUCAAAAUUCGUCAUCCUUUUGUUACUCUCGCCGAGAUUUUGCUUCCUACAAUUGUAAUGUUGUUGUUGAUAGCUGUUAGGACACAAGUUGAUACACAAAUUCACCCAGCUCAACCGUAUAUACAAAAAGAUAAGUUUGUGGAAGUGGGAAAAGGCAUAUCUCCUAAUUUUCAACAAGUUUUAGAAUUAUUGUUGGCCAAGAGAGAGUAUUUGGCAUUUGCUCCUGAUACAGAAGAAACACGGAUGAUGAUCGAUUUGAUGUCUAUAAAAUUUCCUUUACUGAAGCGAGUUGCUAAGGUCUAUGAAGAUGAACUUGAGCUUGAAACCUACAUCUCCUCCAAUCUCUACAGUACUUAUAAUGAAGCCAAGAACUGUUCUUAUCCAAAAAUCAAGGGAGCAGUAGUAUUUCAUGGACAAGGUCCUCAGUUAUUUGAUUAUAGUAUUCGCCUCAACCACACUUGGGCUUUUUCUGGAUUUCCUAAUGUUAAGUCAAUCAUGGCCGUGAAUGGACCUUUUGUCAAAGACUUGGAAUUGGGCUUCAAUAUUAUACCGAUGUUGCAGUACAGCUUCAGCGGAUUUUUGACUCUUCAGCAGGUGGUGGAUUCGUUCAUAAUAUAUGUUGCUCAGCAAACUGAAAGCAACAUUGCUAUUGAAUACAUAAAAAGCCCCUCAUCAGAUUCAUUCAGCAGGCAAUCUUCCCUCAAGCUUCCAUGGACACAAUAUAGCCCUGCAAAUAUCAGAAUAGCUCCUUUCCCUACUCGUGAAUACACUGAUGAUGAGUUUCAGUCCAUCAUUAAAAGUGUCAUGGGAGUAUUGUAUCUCUUAGGAUUUCUCUACCCGAUAUCCCGCCUAAUCAGCUAUUCAGUGUUUGAGAAGGAGCAGAAGAUAAGAGAAGGUCUUUGCAUGAUGGGCUUGAAAGAGGGGAUAUUUCAUCUUUCUUGGUUUAUUACCUAUGCUUUGCAGUUUGCAUUAUCAGCUGGUAUCAUCACAGCUUGUACCAUGGGUAGCCUUUUUAAGUAUAGUGAUAAGUCCGUGGUGUUCGUGUAUUUCUUUUUGUUUGGACUCAGCGCAAUCAUGCUGUCAUUUCUGGUAUCUACAUUCUUCACACGAGCAAAAACUGCUGUUGCAGUUGGAACCCUUUCGUUUCUUGGGGCCUUCUUUCCUUAUUACACUGUCAACGACGAAGCUGUCCCCAUGAUAUUAAAGGUUGUUGCUUCUUUGCUGUCACCAACAGCAUUUGCUCUAGGAUCGAUUAACUUUGCCGAUUAUGAGCGUGCUCACAUUGGACUUCGUUGGAGCAACAUAUGGCGAGCUGAUUCCGGUGUAAAUUUUUUGGUCUGUCUUCUCAUGAUGUUGCUUGACACACUAUUGUACUGUCUCAUUGGUCUCUACCUAGAUAAGGUCCUUCCCAGGGAAAAUGGAGUAAGCUAUCAUUGGAACUUCAUAUUCCAAAAUUGCUUCUGGAGGAAAAAAAAGAAGAUCAAACAUCAAAGUUCUUCUUUGGAGGGUAAAGUUAAUGAUAAUUUUUCCAAGAACAAGUCGAAUUUUUAUGGAGGAGAUACUGUUGAACCUAUCGUGGAAGCAAUUAGUUUGGACAUGAAGCAACAAGAGCUUGACGGCAGAUGUAUCCAGAUGAGGAACCUGCAUAAGGUGUACUCUACCAGAAGAGGGAAUAGUUGUGCUGUUAACUCUUUACAGCUGACCUUGUAUGAAAACCAGAUUCUUGCUCUUCUAGGACACAAUGGAGCUGGUAAAAGUACAACAAUUUCAAUGCUUGUGGGCCUUCUUCCUCCUACAUCAGGGGAUGCUCUGGUGUUUGGCAAGAAUAUUGUUACAGAUAUGGAUGAGAUACGGAAGGGACUUGGUGUUUGCCCUCAAAAUGAUAUCCUUUUUCCGGAAUUGACGGUGAGAGAGCAUUUGGAGAUUUUUGCUGUGUUGAAAGGUGUGGAGGAGGAUGUUCUUGAGAGCGUUGUGAUUGAUAUGGUUGAUGAGGUUGGUUUAGCUGAUAAAGUAAACACUGUUGUUGGGGCUCUUUCUGGCGGCAUGAAAAGGAAAUUGUCUCUUGGGAUUGCACUUAUAGGAAAUAGUAAGGUUAUAAUUCUUGAUGAACCUACAAGUGGAAUGGAUCCAUACUCGAUGCGCUUGACAUGGCAGCUAAUUAAAAAGAUUAAAAAGGGAAGGAUCAUAUUACUGACAACACACUCGAUGGAUGAAGCAGAAGAACUUGGAGAUCGGAUAGCUAUCAUGGCUAAUGGCUCUUUGAAAUGCUGUGGAAGUUCGCUUUUCUUGAAGCAUCAGUAUGGGGUUGGUUAUACUCUUACAUUAGUCAAGUCUUCACCUAAUGCCUCUAUUGCUGCGGACAUCGUUUACCGUCACAUUCCGUUGGCAACGUGUGUAAGUGAGGUUGGAACUGAAAUUUCGUUCAAGCUUCCUCUAGGAUCAUCAGCAGCUUUCGAAAACAUGUUUAGAGAAAUUGAAAGUUGCAUGAGAUCACCUAUUUGCGUUCCAGAAAGAAUGGGUAGGGAAGAUACGAAUCAUCGUGGCAUUGAAAGUUAUGGUAUAUCUGUCACAACAUUGGAGGAGGUAUUUCUGAGAGUUGCAGGAUGUGACUACUAUGAAACUGAAUGCGCUGGUCAGAGAAAUGAUUUUCUUUCUUCUGAUUCAGUGGUUUCUUCAGCUUCAUAUGAUCAAGCACCCAAAAAAAAUUUCCACGUAAAGAUUUUUGGAGAUUAUUUAAAGCUCAUUGGCAUUGUAUUUGCCACAGUAGGGAGAGCCUGCAGCUUGAUUUUCUCUGCAGUUUUAAGUUUUUUCAAGUUUCUAACAAUGCAGUGCUGUAGCUGUUGUAUCAUUUCAAGGUCAACGUUUUGGCAACACUGCAAAGCAUUAUUUAUAAAGAGGGCAGUAUCUGCUCAGAGAGACCGCAAAACAAUUGUUUUCCAGCUUCUGAUACCUGUUCUCUUCUUAUUUCUUGGACUUCUUCUUCUCAAGCUUAAGCCACAUCCUAAUGAGCCAUCUAUCACCUUGACAACUUCAUAUUUCAAUCCUCUAAUAAGUGGUGGUGGUGGUGGUCCCAUUCCUUUCAAUCUUUCCCGUCCCAUUGCCAAAGAGGUUGCAGACUAUAUAGAAGGAGGUUGGAUUCAAAACUUUAAACAGAGCGGAUAUAGAUUCCCUAAUUCAAAAGGUGCAUUAGCUGAUGCAAUCGAAGCAGCAGGACCAACCUUGGGACCAGAUUUACUUUCAAUGAGUGAAUUCUUGAUGUCUAGCUUUAAUGAAUCCUACCAGUCAAGGUAUGGAGCAAUUGUUAUGGACGACCAGAAUGUUGAUGGAAGUUUAGGGUACACUGUACUGCAUAACAGUUCUUGCCAGCAUGCUGCUCCAACCUAUAUCAAUUUAAUGAAUUCUGCAAUUCUUAGAUUGGCAACUCGUAAUAGAAAUAUGACGAUUCGAACGCGCAAUCAUCCUCUGCCAAUGACAGAAAGCCAGCGGUUGCAACGUCGUGACCUGGAUGCAUUUUCUGCUGCAGUUGUUGUUAAUAUUGCCUUCUCCUUCAUUCCUGCUUCAUUUGCUGUUGCCCUUGUAAAGGAACGUGAAGUAAAGGCUAAACACCAGCAGCUACUUAGUGGAGUUUCUAUAUUCUCAUAUUGGGCUUCUACAUAUGCUUGGGAUUUCGUCAGCUUCCUUUUUCCUACAUCUUUUGCUGUACUUCUUUUUAAAAUUUUUGGUUUGGAUCAGUUUGUUGGAAGUGAUUGUUUCUGGCCAACAAUUCUAUUGUUUUUGGAGUAUGGACUGGCAAUUGCAUCAUCAACAUAUUGCCUUACAUUCUUCUUUUCUGACCACACAGUAGCUCAGAAUGUGGUUCUCUUGUUCCACAUUUUCUCUGGACUUGUUCUUAUGGUUAUCUCAUUCAUCAUGGGCCUUAUAGAGACGACAGCAAGGGCAAAUGACGUCCUCAAGAACUUCUUCAGAUUAUCACCGGGCUUUUGUUUUGCCGACGGACUUGCUUCACUGGCUCUUCUACGGCAAGGAAUGAAAGAUAAAUCAAGUAAUGAGGUUUUUGACUGGAAUGCUACAGGGGCUUCAAUUUGCUACCUUGGCCUUGAGAGCAUCGGUUUCUUCCUCUUAACACUUGUGCUUGAACUCUUUCCUUCUCACAAACUAGCUCCAUUCUCACUUAAGGAGUGGUGUAGUAAUGUUUUGAACCUACUUCGUGACACAUCUAGCAUCACAGAACCCCUAUUAAAGCUUUCUUCUGAAAAUGCUGCUCUUGAUCUUGAUGAAGACAUAGAUGUUCGGAAUGAAAGAAACAGAGUUCUUUCAGGUUCCAUUGAUAGCGCCAUCAUCUAUUUGCGCAAUCUUCGUAAGGUUUUUCCUGGAGGAAAUAACACUGGGGCAAAAGUUGCUGUCGAUUCGUUGACCUUCUCAGUUCAGGCAGGAGAAUGUUUUGGCUUUUUAGGAACAAAUGGCGCUGGAAAGACAACCACUCUAUCUAUGUUAUCGGGAGAAGAAUCACCAAGUGAUGGAAAUGCGUUUAUCUUUGGCAAGGAUAUUAGAUCAAAUCCCAGGGCGGUUCGUCGGCAUAUUGGUUAUUGCCCCCAAUUCGAUGCUUUGUUGGAGUUUUUAACUGUCAAAGAGCAUCUUGAGCUUUACGCUAGAGUCAAAAGUGUUCCAGGUUACAGGGUAGACAGUGUUGUUAAGGAGAAGUUAAAGGAGUUCGACUUGUUGAAGCAUGCUAACAAGCCAUCAUAUACACUAAGUGGGGGAAACAAGCGCAAGUUGUCUGUUGCAAUUGCAAUGAUUGGUGAUCCUCCUAUAGUCAUUCUUGAUGAGCCAUCAACUGGUAUGGAUCCUAUAGGAAAACGAUUCAUAUGGGAAGUGAUUUCCCGUUUAUCAAUUAGACAAGGAAAGACAGCAGUUAUUCUAACAACACACAGCAUGAAUGAAGCUCAGGCACUGUGCACACGAAUUGGAAUAAUGGUUGGAGGCCAUUUAAGAUGCAUCGGAAGUCCUCAGCAUUUAAAAACACGCUUUGCGAAUCAUCUUGAGCUGGAGGUAAAACCAACUGAAGUUAGCUCUGUAGAUCUAGAAAACCUGUGUCAAAUCAUUCAAGAGAGGCUUUUUCACUUUCCCCCUCAUUCAAGAAGCUUGCUCGACGAUCUUGAAGUUUGCAUUGGGGGAAUUGAUUCCAUUACUUCUGAGGGUGCAUCAGCAGCCGAGAUCAGGUUGUCUCAAGAAAUGAUCAUUAUUAUUGGUCGAUGGCUUGGCAAUGAAGAGAGAGUAAAAAGACUUCUAUCUCCAAGUCACGUAUCCGACGGAUUUCUGUUUGAACAGUUGUUUCGAGAUGGUGGGAUACCUCUGCCAAUAUUUUCAGAAUGGUGGUUAUCCAAAGAGAAAUUUUUGACCAUUGAUUCAUUUGUUGUAUCUUCAUUUCCCGGCACAACAUUCCAAGGGUGCAAUGGGUUGAGUGUCAAAUAUCAGUUGCCCUACGGAGAAGGCCUCUCUCUCGCAGAUGUCUUUGGACACCUUGAACGAAACAGGAGUCAACUGGGAAUAGCAGAAUACAGUAUUAGCCAGGCAACCCUGGAAACCAUAUUUAACCAUUUCGCGGCCAAUCCGUGAGGGCGUCACCAUUUUGUUCUUGUACGCUAUCUGGAACUCUCUUCUUUUUAUCUUCUGAAAAGAUUGAUUCUAUUCCUUUCGAAAGUUCCUGAGGCCAUUUUUAUAUAUAUGGAGAGUAAAUAUACAUACCUACAAGUCAAAUUGUAGAAUAAAGAACUCUUUUGCUACCUUUUCACGCUAAGUGUUUCUUAUUAAAAUACUCUGUUCCUGGUGUACUCAUUGACAAAUUGGGAAAAUGAAAUUAGAAGAAAUUAUUGAA